ACAGUCGCGACAACCCGUCGCACGCCGUCCCGUGUGCCGACAGCGCUGUCGCCCGUCGCCGGAAACUACCGAAAAGCGUCUGUGGGUUGACGACAGCGAUGGUCGGAGGGGUAGUAGUGGCAAUGGGUUUGAGAGUUUUAACGGCGGUAGAGAAGGGUUGCGCGGGAAAGACGGGGAGACGUCCCCUGUGUAUCGGCGGCACUCGUCCGAACUCGGGACAUUCAUCAGGCGACGCCGGUAGAGCACAGGUACGCGCUUGAAUAUUCGCGCGCGCUCGUCGACAUCAUACUAAAAAUAUUAUAUAAUAUUGCAAGACGCAUUACCGUACACAAUCGACCAUCGGCGACUCAGUCAGACUUCCGUAUUUCGAAUUACCGGACUAUAUAUAGUAUUAUAUAAUUAUCGUCUAAAUACUAUAAUACUACUACAUUACAUCGACCGACAUCAUGUCUUCUGCAGGAGUCUGCAUGUUUUACUUGCGCGGUGCUUGCCGGUUCGGCAACAAGUGUUGGAACUCACACGACGUGACGGGUUGUCGAACGCGCGAGUUUCAAGCUCUUGCGGCAGCUGCAACGGCAACUUAUUACGAAGAACGUUAUCCACAAACUACUCCAAGUACUAGUGCUACCGACAUAUCUACGCAGAAAGUGCAACCAGACAUAUCUACGCAAAAAGUACAACCACAAGGGCUUCAGCUUCUUCUUGAAGCAUCAAUGAAACCAAAAUUAAAACAGCCUGACGAGUCUGACGUGGAAUUGGAAAAGGCGGCUAAUGAAUUGUCUGUGGCAAUGAAAUCAGGGGAUGGCAAAAGCGUAAAAGAGAGUGCAAGUAAAUUACAUACACUUCAUCAACAAAAAAUGAAAGACAAUGAAAAUAAUCAUUCAGCGUGGAGUGAUUUUAUACAGUGUGCCAUUGACAGUGAUCUACAGUGCAAUAUUUGUUUUGAACUCUUUAUUAAGCCGACAGUGCUUAACUGCUCACACACUUUUUGUGAAACAUGUAUACAUGUUUGGACAAACCGAUCAAGAAAAUGUCCAAUUUGUCGUGUGCAAAUUAGAUCAAAAUCAUAUUGUUUGACUUUGGAUAGCUUCAUUGAGAAGAUUGUUGAACAUUUGCCAAAGGAAUUUAAAUACAAGCGCAGUUUAGCAUUAAAAGAGCGCAGCAAGAUAAAAAUCGAUAAACCUCGAGUGAAUCAUAGAUUACAAACUAGAGAUCUUGCCACAUUAAUAAGUUUUGAAGAAAUAAUGGAGGCUGACACGCCUCUACAAUACAUCACGGUGGACCAACAUGAAGAUAUCAGUCCAGAUGUUAUCAUCGAAGAAUCAGAAAUGUUCAGAAUGAAUUUACACGAUACAGUUGUAAGCACCGGAGGUAUAAACCCUCUAAUGAGUUAUAUUGUUGUUCCCGAUGAACAACACUCAAAUAGACCUAUAACUCGGCCCAAUAACUCUUCCAUUCGUCACUAAAUUCAACCACUUUGUAAUUGUUUAUUAUUAUUAUUAUUUAAUCAUAGAACAUUAUUACCUAUCACUUUAAUUUUUAAAUUUAUUAUUAUUUUUCUUAGUAUUAUAAAAUGCUUAUAUAAUUAUGAAAAACUAUUAAGUUACCUAUACAGUUAUAUACUCUUCUAUAUACAUGCAUUUUUAUAAUAUCUACCCAGUGGUGUACCCAUAUAAAACUUUUGUAGGAGAGAGUUCAGUGGUAUAAAUUUAAAAAGUAUAUUGUAUUAACUAUCCCGUAAAAAAGUUUAGUAGAUAUGUAGAAAAAUUAUUAUAUGUGAGAUUCAAGCCACCCAAAUUUAAAGUACACUUAUGUUUAUAUGCAUUUAUAUUAUAUAGUUAGAUAUAUAUAAACUAUAAAGUAUAUUAAAUCUCAUAUAUAAAUAUAUAAUAAAAUGUACUGGUAAUUGGUACAUAUUUUAGACACCCACAUGAAAUAGGUAUUCAGUAAUAUUAUCAUAUACCUAUAAACUAGUCUAUGAAUAUUAUCAUUAUAUUGUUUUCAUGGUGUUAUUGUGAUAUUAACACAUUUUUUUAUUAUAGUUCGGGCUGGUUUUAGUUGUACUUUAUGUCUACUACAUGAUUUUAGCAAAUUCGUACAUUGCCAUUUUAGACUUCUCUAAAAAAUUAAUUUCGUACAAUUUGAAAUCUCUGACUUCUAUAUCUCCUUGAAUACGCCUCAGUUCUUAGUGUUCUUACAUAUAAUGGUUAUUGAUUAUAUUACCUACUCAUAGGUAGGUAAUUUAAGAAUAAAAUAGAUACCUCCUAUCUAUUUGUUGUUAUUAUUAUUAUUUUCUCAUUGCUAAUUGCUAUUUGUGUUGUGUUUUUAUACUGUCCCAUUUUAUUUAUAUUUAUAUGUUAUACUGUUGAAGCACAUUAAUUGGGUUACACUUUAAAGAUUAUUGCAUUUAUAUUGAGGAAACACAAUAUAAUAUCAUUAGUUUGAUGUCAAAGUGAAUAAAACAAAAUUGAAAUUACUCUAUAGGUACUAGGUAGUUAGUUAGAAUAAUAAAUUUAAGUCAUAAGCUGAUUUCACAAGUACCUAUUUGUUUUUUAUCAAGUUAUCAAAAACAUUGGAUGUUAAUUUUAUAAUGUGUUUUUAACUUCUUUUUUUACACAAAUUUAAUUUGUUUCUAUUUUAUAACAUACAUACUAAAAUAAUAAUAAAUAUAAACUGUAAGUCUUUAAUUAAAAUUGUAAGACAGCAAUCUUGCAGUUAUACUUAAUAUAGGAGUUUUUUUUUUAGAAAAUCCAUUUAUUUCUUAUUCUAUUAACCUACUUAACAUGCAUAUAAUAUGCAGUUAUGUGUAAGUUCUGGUGUUAUGGAAAUGUUUCUGAAGAGUGAACAAGAAGAUUUUGAUUUUAAUAUAUUUAUGAGAGUAAUUUUAAAUUUUAGUAUAAUUUUGUGUUUUACUGUAAUAAUAUGGUAUUAGCUCUGUUAGCAUUGGACAUUUAUCAAAAUAUAUUUCAUGAUAUUUAAAAUCUAAUAACCAGAAAAAAUGUGUGAUAUUAUAAAGUUGUUGUGUACCUAUUGCAGUUUAUUGUUGAUAAAUAAAAAAAUAAAACAGUAAUAUAUAAAAAUUAAUUUUACUUAUAUAUUACUUAUCUAAAAUGCACAACAAUUUAGGUGUAAAAUUUGAUUUGCUAUUAAUUAUUAUUUUAUGAACAUAAUAUUGCCAAAUUAACAAAUUUACGUAUAGAUUAAGUUAAAAAAAAUUUUAUUUUGUGUGUAAACCGCCUUUUCAUAGUUCUUACUUCAGAAAUCUGAGUUUAUAGUUACUAUUAUGAUUUAUAUAUCAAUAAAUGUGAAUUGUAAAACUAUAAAAAAUAUAAAGAAUAAAAGACUAAUCAGUUCAAGAUGUUUUUUAAUAAUCCAUUUAUUAAUAUUAAAAUAUUCAGAUAUUAUAGGAAAGUUUUCAAUUAUACAAAAUACUUAGCAAUUGUAUCAAAUCAGUGAGUUAAAAAUGAAUUAUAACAGUUGGUUUUGAAAUAGGUACAUUGUUAAUUUAUAUUAUAUGUGUUUUCUUUAAUAAUGAGGAUAUAUAUUAAUUACUUAUUUAUCAUGUAUUCCUUUCAUUAUAUUAUAUAUUGUAUUAUUAAGAAAUAUGUUAGCCAAUUUUUAUUUUUAUUUUUUUCUAUAAGAUAAGUUUUAAUUACUUAUUGAUUUAAUUUUUAUUAAUUUAUGAUAGCACAAACUUAAUAAAUUGUUAUUAACAAAUUAAAAUAUUGGAGACAUAAGUAAAAGUGGAUUGUGGCAUUUGAAGAACUAACAAAUUAGCCAUCUUAGCCCAUUUGUUGUUUUAAUCAUAAAUAUAACAAUAAUGUUGUAUCUAUUAUGCCUGCCAGUUGUCGAGACAAGCAGUAUGUGUGAUCAAAAAAAGAGUAGCUUAUAACUAAAAGCAAUGUCAUUCUAUACUUGAUGUCUUCUGUGUGAUAAUUUUUCUAGCUAGUUAAAAAUCUUUGGUUUGUUUCAUUUAAUUAAUUAUACAAGUUGUAAUAUUUAUUUUAUUUAAUAUGUUUAACGACUGGAAAAUGUAUUAGUUAUUAAACUUAUAAUUAUAUACUUAUUUACCUAUAUUUACUUUAAUAAUAAAAGUGUGUGUAUUU